GUGUGUUCAGUGUGGAGUUGCUGAUCUGGACUUCUUCUUUACCAAAGUUAACAUAUAGCUUUUUAUGGUAAAUAGAACAAACACACCGGCAGAGAAUCUCAUUUUGAUAUACAACCUCACACUGUCAUGGCACAGCAGAGGGGACUCACACUUGUCAUGGGAUGGCUGUUUGUCUUGCUUUUUAACAGUCCAGUUGGAUGCCGUUGGGUGUCGGAAUACUCAGGUGGAUGUUGGAAUACUUCUGAAGUAGAACCAUUUAACUGCACUUCUGAUGAUACCACAAGCCUGUAUAAAAAAGUUAAAAAUGCCCUUUGGUGUACUGAAAUACGACCAGUUCAACAACCAUGGGACGUCUUAAAUGUUAAACUGGGCCUCACUAUUGCUGGUAUCUAUGACGUGAAUGAAAAGGAUCAGGUCAUAAUAUUGUCCAUUGUAACAACACUUGACUGGGAAGUGCCAUUUCUGAAGUGGGAUAAUGCUACAUGUGGAACUAAUAAAAUCUCAUAUCCAAAAUCUGAGCUGUGGCUGCCGGAUAUACAAAUAGAGGAGUUUGUGGAUGAAGACAGAAGUACUGACCUACCCUAUGUUCAGCUCAAUUACACCGGUGGGGUUCAUCUCGUUCAACGCAAAAAGGUUUUUGCCACGUGUGAUAUGGACAUCUACAGAUUUCCUUUUGAUGUCCACACCUGCUCACUUACUUUCCAGUCCUACAUGCUUGAAGAGGAUGAAAUGAGCCUGACUUCUAAAUCAAGGGAAUUUAUUCAAAGAUCAUCUGUUACUUCUGACUCGGGAUGGAUCCUUGAAGAAGUGACACAGGUUAAUAACACUUUUAACCUGACCACCAAAAGAUAUUUUUCUUCUGUUAGAUACAAUUUUACCAUUAAACGUGAGGCCAGUCUCUAUGUAGUGAACCUCCUGGUCCCCAGCUGCUUCCUGAGUCUGUUGGACAUGUUCAGCUUCUUCCUGCCUCCUCAUAAUGUUGAUCGGUCGGCUUUCAAAAUGACACUCAUCCUAGGCUACACCGUCUUUCUGCUCAUCACCAAUGACAUCCUGCCAGCCAGUGGCUCAAAAACUCCUCUAAUAAACGUAUUUUUCUCUCUCAGCUUGGCGCUGAUGGUAGCCAGCCUUUUGGAGACUAUGUUCAUUGUUAACGUCAGUAACAAUGCAAACCAUUACCCCAGAAUACCCCGUUGGCUCCAUGUCCUUGUUCUGAACUACCUAGCACGUCUCCUGUUCAUGUCCCCUAAACCUCUUGGUGUUCCGGUGGAAGUGAUUUUAAACCCGCAUGCAAAAGUGACACCAGACACAUCAGGUGAAGCAAUGGUGCCUGCUGACACAGGAGAAAAGGAUGAGAUGGAGUGUGCAGCGGUGGUGGAUGAACUGAAGAAAGUGGCCCGAGAAGUGCUGACCAUUCGAUUUCAGAUUGAAGAACACCUGAGACCCAACCAGGGCAAUAACGACUGGAAGAUGAUUGCAAACGUUAUUGAUCGCCUCCUGUUCCUGUUUUAUGUUCUCUUCGUGGUUGCGAGCUACAUCACUAUAAUUGCCAUAUGGGCCAGUUCCACAGUGCGUCAUUCAAAGUAGGAAACGAGGAAUUUGUAAAGCUGUUAAAGGGGAAAUUAAGAAAAAAAAAGCAAAUAUAAACCUCUCUCAAUACUGUUUCAAUAUGAAAAUAAAUGAUAA